CUUAAUGUUUAUAAGCUAACGUUUAUUAACAAUAAGAAAAGUAAUUGAUUCAAUGAUAUUUGAUAUAAAAAGGUGGGACAAGUUUGGAGGCGAAUUGACGUGCUAUAGUGUUAAAUCGAAUGAUCAGUACUGGACAGACGAAGAAUUUCUGGACAACGUUUUGUUUAAACAUGUUUAGUGAAGGAUCAGUAAUUUCUGCAUAAAAUGAUAAGAAGCCAAAGAUCCGAGUCCUCAACAAUGCGCGGGGGAUCAUAUACCUCAUCCACCAUCAAUGAUAGAUUCAGGCAAGAAAAUCUCCUCGAACCAAUUUCAGUGGACAGCGAGUCAGCAUCCUCUGAUGAUGAGAAAAAAAACAAAGUAAACAUAUGUCUUAUUCCGGUGUUCAUAUCAGAGACCAUUUUUCUGGGAAGUCUGGCAGUCUUGGCAUACUUUCUCAGGUUUGAGACGGUAUUUCCAGUCCUUGAUCACGGGUUUGUUGUCAACGAUCCUAAGUUUAUGUAUCCAAAGGAGCCAGCCUACGAUAACUCAACAAUUCCAGUUAAUUUCAGUGAAAAGACGUUGUAUGCGCUAUCCCUUGCCAUUCCUUUUGGAUUAAUUUUACUUGGAGAAAUAGGAUAUUUUAUAUUUUCGAGAAGGUCCAGGAAAGUCGUGCGUGUGGGAUGUAAAGGAUGUAAAUUGCACAUGAUCACUCGUAGGCUUCUUCGAUUUACAGGAACUUUUCUAUUCGGACUGCUUUGUACCAGUAUCUUGACGGAUGGCCUUAAGAUGGCCACUGGUCGACCAAGACCAUACUUCUUUGAGGCCUGCAACGUGAGUAAAGACGUGGUGAGCUCCAACUGUCUUUCCUUAAGUUCCUGUAGCGCCUCUGGUGAUCUUAGAGAAGCUAGAUUAAGCUUUCCUUCGUUCUACGCCUCACUUUCAGCUUACACAGGAGUAUUUGUAAUGGUAAGUUGAAAAUAUAAGUGUUUCUAUCUGGACAUUAAUCUCAGAUUGAACACCAAUUGCUAAAAUUAACAACAUAUUUGAACUACGGCACAUUAUAUUAUAAACAUACAAUCAGUUAAAUAAACUUUUUAGCAUCUUCCUUUUAUGGUUUAUAAACUAAGUCUAGACCAUGGUUGCUCCUGGAUAAGAGACUGGAUUGAAAAGGGACUUCUUAUGGCUUGUAAAUGAUCUUUGAGAGAGGAAGGCUGUUUCUGCCAUUGGCAACUUUCACUGUCCCGAAAGGGUUUUACCAGAAGAUUUGAGCCCUGCUCAGGAUACUUUGAGAAAGACAGAGUUUAAAGUAAUGUUGCAGGCUAUGUUUUUGUUAUUUCGAUUUUUUGUUCACUAGAGAGAGAGAGUUUUCCACGACUUACUGAUUGUGUGAGGACUAGAAUUUUCUUGAAAAUUUGAGCCUCGUGUGACCGUUCAUGAAAUAAUGUAACAAUAUACAACAGUGUAUACUGGAGUGAGUGAGUUAGUCUGUUCGCCAGUGAUUCGGGUAGUUCAAUUAGUGUAUUCGUGAGUAAUUCAGUCAUUCAGUUAGUUAUUUAGUGAUUAAACAGUUAGUAAGUGAGUCAGUCAGCGUGUUUGUUAUCGAUGAUUAGGGAUGAAAUUGGACAAGAAAGUGACUUCACCUUCAUUUGCGAGUUAUGCAUACUAUUAAUUUCAGAAUUUCUGUUGAAAUGUUGUUUGUGAAGUUAGGCCCACUACAUGUAACCUGUAGUCUGUAUAAAAUAU